CCUGAGCAGAACAAAAAGCAACUAUGGGCAAUAUAUUUCCAAAAUAUGAUGUAAGAAGAGAAUUUGAAGAUUUAAAGAGUGAUUUGAAUCAAGGCAGUAUCCCUGACGUGGCAGAUGAAUACAGAGGAUACUUGAAUAAAACGCAAAACCUGCCACUUAAUAUUGCAGUUGUUGGAAAGGCAGGUGCUGGUAAAUCCUCCUACAUUAAUGUCUUCCGGGGAAUAAAUGAUGAUGAUGAUGAAGCAGCCGAGGUUGGUACAGUAGAGAAAACCAAAGAGCCAAAGGCAUAUCCCCACCCUUCUUAUCCCAAUACAAUGAUAUGGGAGCUACCAGAGAUCAGAACGUGCAAUUCUAACGCAGCUGAAUAUCUCAAGAAGGUCCAGUUUGAAAGAUAUGAUGUCUUUGUUUUGAUUGUCACUGACCGCUUUACUGAAAACGAUGCUUUCCUCGCGAAGGAAAUACAAAGAAUGACAAAGAAGUUUUACUUUGUGCGUAGCAAAAUCGAUAUCAGUAUCGAUGGUGAAAGGAGGAAAAGGAAUUUCAACAUGGAGCAAACCCUGGAGACCAUCAGGAGUUAUUGUGAAGAUACCUUGAAGGAGGCAGCUGGGAUCUCCACGAGAGUAUUUCUGGUAUCCAACACGCAUGCACACAUGUACGAAUUCCCUCUCCUGCGAGAGACAAUGGCCACCGAACUUCCUGAUUACAAGAAGCACCUUUUAACCCUGGCUGUGCAUGUUUUCUCAGAAAAUAAUUUGAUGAAGAAAAAGAUUCACAUGAAUUCCUAUAUAAAGAAGGUAGCGCUGGUAUCUUGCAUUUGUGGAGCAGUGCCUGUGGUGGGUCUCUCUAUAGCUUUUUAUAUUGGAAUUCUGAUGCUUCCACUGAAAUGUUUCUGGAGGGUGUUUGCCUUAGACCAGGGGUCCCUCCGUUUUCUGGCACUUCAGACGGGAAAAGUGUUUGAAGAGCUGAGAUCGGGGAUCAAGAAAAGGCCAUUAGCCAAUACAGUCAAUGCACAGAUAGUAUUUUCUCUCCUGGUAAAGUCUGCUCCUUGGGUAAUGCCAUCACCUCUGAAAUAUCUGGAGAUGGUGUUUGGUGGAGUGAGUUCAUUUGUUUUUACGUAUUAUUUUCUGAACAAAUUUCUUGACAAUUCUGUGGAAGACGCCCGAAGUGUUCGAUCAAAGCUUCUUAAAUGACCGAAGUCCCAGCAAAAGAUCCAAGGAGCCACCAAGCCCCCUUUGAAGGAGAUAAUUUCAUCCAGACAAUAAUAGGGGGAAGAAAGUAAUAAUAUAUUUCAACGUCUAGUUAAAAUUCCUCUCUGCAGUUACUGGUUUUCUUGCUUCUUUUAGUGAUUCUCCAACUGAAGUAUGUGCCUGAAUCUCCUAGGAGCAAAUAAGUAUCUCUCUGUCUACAAAUGUUUUCAGGGGAAGUCAAAAACUAAAUGUUUAUUUCUGUUGUUUGGGGUGAUUGUUUUCUUUUCCUGUUUUUUUUCCUUUU